AUGGGUAAGAGUACUGUGUCUCAAAUUGGUCCACACCAGACAGAGGCCAGGUUCCCCAUCACUGCCGUGAGUGAAGACACUGCCCAGCGUUAUCAGUGCCUCUAUCAUCAAAGUGACAGGCGGUCUGAGCCCAGUGAGACCCUGAAGCUGGUGUUGACAGGAGACACACGGACGCAUUCACAGGAUGGAAACAAUCCCGGCCCAUGGACAGAGCAUGUUUACAUUCUCAUCGGGGUCUCUGCAGCCUUUCUCCUUUGUCUCCUCCUCUUGGUCCUCCUCCUCCUCCAGCGCUGGCAUCAGAGGAAAGAGGGGCCCCCCAGAAGCAAAGGCAAGGAGCCAGAGCUCCAGGAGAGGCUCAGCCCAGCUGUUGACGUCCUAGAUGGGACACCAGACCCAGCCACUGUCCACAGACUUCCUGAGAAGGACAGAGAGAUGGAAGCUUCGACCCCUGCUGACCCGCAGGAGGUGACAUAUGCCCAGCUGGACCACCGGACCCUCACACAGAGGGAGGCCAGAGCUGUGACCCCGCCGUCCACAGAGCCCGCAGCCGAGUCUAGCACAUACGCAGCCAUCUCCAGACACUGACCCCAAGCCCCCCUGGCCUCUGUAGCAAAGACACCGCGAGUCACUCUUACAAAAGCCUGAGGUGGAUAUUUGGAGGGUUUUGCCCUUUCUGGACAGUCAUCCUGUCAGGUCUCCUGGAGGCAAGAGCUGGAGUCCCCACAGCCCUGAUCAUCAUCUAGAAGAUUCAGCAGCCAUGUGGUCCCUCCCACAGUCAACUAGCUCCUUGGAGAGAAUGUGUAGCACCUGCUUCUAGAGACCCAGCUGGGGUCCCUUGGCUGUUUCCGGAGACCCAGCGGUGGUCCUACAGUCACCCAGCUGAUUCCAGACGUAUCCUAUGAAUCCCCCCCUGUCCCCGGAGAUCCAUUUUAACUGUCCUCUCAGCUGACUUGAUGAAAUUCCCAGGCUUCAGCUGUUGACCUUGACCCUGGGGUGUACUUAUGCAGCCAAUAGCACAGACCACGUCUUCUGGAACAUGCUUCACCUUGUUCCUCAGUAAUAAAUGUUCCCACAGGC